UUUGAGCAUAUAGCGAUGUCUUUGACAGAGAGUUAUACCUGCUUGACCUGCCAGGUCAGCUUCAAGGACGUUGACCUCCAGAGAGAACAUCACAAGUCGGAUUGGCAUUGGUAUAAUCUUAAGAGAAAGGUAGUACAGUUGCCUCCAGUUGCCCCCGAAGAGUUCAAGACAAAGGUGUUAGAGCAGAAACAACUUGAAGCAACCAAUAAUCUUUCACACCAAUAUUACUGUAACACUUGCAAGAAGAAGUUUAACUCUCAAAACACCUUCAAUACUCACCUAAAGUCUAAAAAACACGUGCAGAUUAGUACCCCUGAAAAUGCAGGAGAUUAUGUGGUGCUAUCAAGCGAGGCGUUGACUGAGAAAGAAAGGUUGAGAGCCGAGAGCGUGGAGAAAGAGUCAGUUUCUGAUGUAAAUUCCGAGAUCGCGGAAGAAGAAUUUGAGGGUCUGGGAGUAAACGAGUGUUUGUUCUGUUGUCACUGGAGUCAGAACAUGGAGAAGAACCUGAAACACAUGACCAACGAACAUUCCUUCUACAUUCCUGAUCCAGAGUUUAUGACGGAUAUAGCCGGAUUCAUAACAUACCUGGGUAUCAAAGUGGGUGCUGAUAACGAGUGUAUAAAAUGUGGGGAUGUUGGAAAGCAAUACAGAUCAAUAGAAGCAGUACAGAAGCACAUGAUAGACAAGGGACACAGCAUUAUAAACUCAGAAGGUGAAGCUUACCUGGAAUACAGUGAUUUCUACGACUUCUCCACAUCCUACCCUGACUUUGAGAUGAUUGAUAAUGUAGAUGCUCCUGUUAAAAGUGAUCACAAGAUUUGGGUUGACGAUGAGAUGAUGCUGGUACUCCCAAAUGGAGCGAGGGUGGGACACAGGUCUAUGAAGAUAUACUACAAACAGAACCUCUCCAUAGAGGACAGGAGUGUUAGAAAUAACUCUGCCAGGAUACAACUGCUCAGAAAUUACAAAGCGAUCGGGUGGUAUAACGGCCAACAGGGUAAGAUGAAGCUCAAGGACGAGAAACGAACCAUCAUGAUGAGACAGAAACAGACGCUGAGACUGAACCAGAAGGCUAACAAAUUCCAAACAUAUUUCAGACCUCAAGUUAUUUUCUAGAUGAUGCAGUUUUUAAUAUUCUGGAGUUUUUGUUGAAGUUAAGUUCUAGAAACAUUGGACGUUUUCACCCAAUAUCUUAAAUAUGCCGGGAAUUAUAACUGAGUUUUAGUUAUAAGAUUGCUGAAAAGUUUCAUGUGAUAUUGAGUGGAUGUUUUAUGUAAUUGUAGAAUGGAGAGUUUAAUUUAUUUACUUUUAAAUGCCUGCUUAA